AUGGAAAUCGGAAUUUCGUAUCAAGUUGAAAACGAAUUCGAGAAGCUCCAAAGGCGGUCCAAAGCAACUUCAUCAGCCAUGCUGUGCGCGAGAAACGUCUUCGAGAAGCGUCUGGUGGAGGAGUACAUUUCCGAGCAUGGGAAGGAACCCAUCACAGGCGAGGAGCAUACCGUGGAGGACCUUGUCGAACUGAAGUCAGCUCGCAUUGCGAGACCUCGACCGCCAACCCUUACCUCGAUCCCCUCGUUACUCGGAGUUUUCCAGGAAGAAUGGGAUGCCCUGGCUCUCGAAACAUUUACUCUUCGGCAGACACUUGCGCAGACGCGGCAGGAACUUAGUACGGCAUUGUACCAGCAUGAUGCUGCUGUUCGUGUGAUUGCUAGGCUGCGAAAGGAGCGAGACGAAGCCAGAGAUGCACUUUCAAAAAUAUCAGUUGGAGCUAGCCGUGCUCCUGCAGCUGGGGAUGCGAUGCAGGUGGAUAGCACAGGUCUUCCAGAAGGUGUCAUCUCAAGGAUUGAAGAAACCCAAGAGAAACUUUCAAAGACUCGACGCAAACGGCCUAUUCCAGAAGACUGGGCCACCGGUGAAACCAUUCAGGAGUUUAAGCCUUCUAGCCCGUCCGAAGCCCUUUACCCUGGUGGACACUCUAUAUCACUGAACGCCUCUGGCGAACUAGCCCUCGUAGGAGGCACUGACGGUGUUGCCGGCAUAUAUUCCCUUCCAGAGAAACGAGUUGUGGCCUCUCUAAAGGGCGGCAGUGGUUCCAUAACAGACUCCGCUUGGGUCGGAGACAAGGCCGUCAUUGCAACUUCCACUGGUGCUGUCAAGGUCUUUGAGAAUGAAUCAGAGGCCGCCAGCUUCAACGUCCAUGCUGGUACAGCUGCAGCUCUCGCUGUGCAUCCAACGGGUGAUAUUGUUGCCUCUGUUGGCAUUGACAAGAGCUACACUCUCUAUGAUAUCUCUAGCUCUUCCGUCAUUACUCAGAUAUUCACCGACGCCGCUCUAUCCUGCGUCAAAUUCCAUCCUGAUGGUCACCUUCUAGCUGCCGGCAGCGCUGACGGCCAAAUCAAAAUAUUCGAUGUCAAGAGCGGCACCAGCGCAGCUACCUUCGACAUGUCCGGUCCCAUCAAAGCGCUGUACUUCUCUGAAAACGGCACCUGGCUUGCUGCAGUGACGAAGGACUCCUCGGACAUAUCAGUCUGGGACCUCCGUAAAUCGACAGUCGUGAAGGUGCUGGAAACCGGUAGCCGAGUCGACUCCAUCAGCUGGGACUACACGGGACAGUUCCUCCUCACCGGUGGACCAAACGGGAUUACAGUGCAGCAGUAUUCCAAGGCCUCAAAGUCCUGGACAGAGCCGUUGCGGAGUGCGGUGCCUUCCACUGCAGUUGCCUGGGGUCCCUCUGCCCAGAGUAUCUUGUCACUUAAUGGAGACGGCGUUAUUGUGUCAGUUAGUGCUCAGUGA